AUGGGAGUGCCGAACCCCAAUCUCGACGCUCUCGAGGAGCAGCGCCUCGCGCUCGAAGAAAACAUCCUCCAACUUCAGAAAUCGCUUUACCACUGGCGAACCUGGGAAGCGGAAUACGACGGAAUCCGCGAGGAGAUCAGCAACCUAGAAGAUGACGCCAACAGAGACGAAUUCCUUCUCGUGGCUCUGGAAUUUGGCGGCACGCUGGUGGAUCAGAAGGAAAUGCAGACAAUACUCGGUUCGCAAGGUGUGACGCGAUCUCGCGGGCAAGUGAUUGAUCUUCUUGGAAGACGUAUCGACUACGUGCAGCAGAAUGUUGCCACUAUGGAGAAGAGGCUUGCGAGGGCCCAAAAUGAGCUGGACGCUUUGGUCUUGAAUGAUCAGCCACCGCUGCAGGACGGUGCGGAGUUCCCGAUGCAGGAGAUUAUGGAGGAGCUUGAUGAAGAUGGAAACGUUGUCUCGAGCAAGAUCAACACGCCCGGAAAUGAUGCUUCGGAAUUGCUAGAAGUGCUAAAGAAAGCUGGCGUCAAGGAUAUUCCAGAGACUGCUGCUCCAGAGAAGACUGCUGCAGCUCCCGCCGAUGCUACAACCGAGGGUGCACUAGAUGAGUCUAUAAGCUCAAAUGCUACCGAUCAGCAGAACGGUUCCUCGACCGGCGACAAUGUGAUCUCACAGCCAAAUGGCCCAUCUCUGAGAUUCUCUCAACCCCAGUCUGUGGUCACUGCCGAAGAUCGCAUGCAGCCGCCUGUCACGGAUGUGAAUGAAUCUGCAGAAGAAGCAAGACUUCGCCGUGAAAUGCUCGAUUAUGGGAUCCACGAGGUGGGGGCUAUCGUAGCAGAGUUGGAGAUGGACGAGUCCGGAAGCGAGAUUUCCUUUGACGAGGAGUACGAUUACGACUACGACGCGGAAGAUAAUGAAGACGAACACGGCCGCUCUCACACUCGCCUUCCGCCGGAAUACCACCAGCAGAUGAUGGAAUUGGAAGCCAAGCUCAAUGCCCGAGGCUUGAUGAACAUGGGCAAGGAUACCGAGACAUUCCCCGAGGAAGUGCAGCAAGAGAUUGCGACAGCUGCUCCGGUUGAAACUUCCACCAAAGAGAAGAAACCUAAGAAACGUGUUGCGUUCGCCGAUGAACUUGAUAUCGCACCAGCUCCUGCGCCCUCAGUUAUCGCGGAGAAGGCUCCUGCUCCACGGACCGAGCCCCAGGUGCUUGCUGAUUCCAUUGUUGAACGGACCAGCCGUGUUCCAGAGCCAUCUCCAGCCACUCCCGACGUUCCCAAGAAAGUGUCCCGGUUCAAAAGUGCUCGGGCCGGUGCUCCAGAUAGUACCGCUAUCGAUUCUGUUACUACUGGGGCUACAAUCGCAAAUCCGUCAGAAGUCACCGAAUCUCGCCUUCGCAAACAAGCUAAUACAACUCCAUCUAUGUUGCCGCCUGUCCUCUUCCCCGCGACGCCGAAAGAGCCCAAACCCUUCUCUGCACCGAUCACUGAUAACCCCGAUGUCACCGAGAAACCUGCUCCGCCUCAAUUCCCACACGACCGAACUCUAGCCGAAAAGGUCUUUGAGCGACAGGUCAAAGCAGGGGCCGCAGCUCCCCCUGAACUAGACGUCUACGACGAAGAGCUUCACCAGAAGCAGAUUGCGUCCGAGUUCUUCAAUAUGCAGAAGCGCAUGAAUGGCACUAAAGAAGACGAGGAACAGGAUACUUUGCCUCCCGAGGAAGCUCAGCCUAAACGGGUGAGCAAGUUCAAAGCUUCACGAAUGGGAUAG